AUGUCGUUAUACAUUGGUAAUCUGUCAUCCCGCAUUCACAAAGAUGAGCUUGAACGUGUGUUCCAAAAGUUUGGUCGGUGCGACGUACGGAUGAAAGAUGGGUAUGGAUUUGUGGUGUAUGAGUUUCCCCCAAAUGCCGAGAAAGCCCUGAAAGCACUGCAAAAGAAGUACAUCUGUGGGCAGCCAUUAACGCUCACAUGGUCAAACAAACAACCUAGACCAAUUAACAGACACGGAGGAAGGCCCGUUAGGCGUUAUGACUCACAGCAUGUUGGAUUUUCUGCACGAGGUACCGAGUAUGGUCGGGACAGGUUAGGUUCCCCUGGUCAACAUGAUUAUAGAAUGCUCGUUAAGCAUGAAGAUGAACGUGAAAGAAGGUUCGAUUCUGAUAUGCUUGAUGAAGGGACAGCUUUCCACCAUGACGACAUGAAGGAUUUUCAUGGUCAAGAGCAUCGCGGUUACAGGGAGGAUGAAAUGGUAGAAAAUGAUAGAUGGGAUCUCCGCAAUGUGCUGAAUGAACAUGAUGUCAAUGAUGGAGAGGGGUUCGAUAGGUAUGAACCCUACCAGGACAGAAUUGAUGAUGGUAACCCUCAAUUGGGCCAUUCCAGCGGGUCUCCUUCUCAACGAAGCUUCCUAGGGGAUAGAAGGAGAGAUCACUUUGGUGAAGGAAAUUUGAAGCGCAAGGAUGCUUGCUAUAGUUGUGGGAGCCUAGGUCACAAAAUGAGGAAUUGUCCUGAGAAAAAUUUUGUGAGGACAAACUGGUCCAAGUUUAACCAAACAGACGGUAACAAUGUGCAUUGGAAAGAGAGAAGUGAAGAUGAGACAGAAAUAUCUAGGUCAAGGGAAACACUGGGAUCAGGGAUGGAUAGGGGUAAGAAUGAUGUGAAAUCAUCUAGCUCAAGGAAGCACCACGAACUAGCAAAGUAUAACAGCUCUCCAAUAGAAAAGGAAGUGGGCACAAUAAAGGAUCGUGAAAUAAAGAAACGAAACAGGAAAGAAAGUGGAUCACCUAAGGCAUGUAGCACAAAGAGAGGAAGAAUAUUGCUUUCAUCUCCUGAUUCAGAUCACAUGGGAUCUAGAUCAGUUCCUAAGUCGUCAAAGCAUACUCGGAUGUCUUAUGCUCGCUCUAGAUCGAGAUCGAAAUCUUCUAGGACUCGUUCAUUAUCAUCAGACUCGAGGUCCGGUUCAACAUCACAUAGAUUCAGAAAUACUAAGUCGAGAUUGAGAUCUAUCUCGCCUGCAUCAUUGUCUUUGUCUGUGUCACUUGGACAACCUUUGCCAUCCUCAGAUAAGGUUCAGUUCAAUCCGAAAGGUGGCAUGGAUGCUGUUAAACCUGCAGAGUCCAGGGAGGUGGUGGUUGAGAAGGAACAGACGGUAGAAUCUAAUACAAAGGUGGAGAAUUCUGAACUUGAAAUGGACGCGACUGUUGCAAAUUCGGGAAGUCCUGUUCUAUCCUUGGAUAUGGAAGGUGAAGUUAAAAAAGGGAAGCUUAUGCUUAAGGACAGUGAAAUUUUGUCAGCAUCUCUCAAUGUUGUGAAAGACCCAAGCACUGCCCUAACAGACGGAAGUACAAGAGUUGCUAUGAGUUCUUCGCCUAAGAGGCUGAUGGAGAUUGCUUUUGAGAAUUCAAACCCAGUGAUGCCAGACCAUGUGCCAUGUUCUAUCACGAAACCAGAGUCUGAACUGUCUGUUAUUUCUGGCACCUGCAAUUUAACAGAUAUUUCCCCAGACGAGUUGUGUAAGGUUAUAAAGCAUUAUAAUCUUGAUUCGGCAGAUGAGGAUGCAAGGCAUUUAAGCCCAGAGGCUUACUUUGGUUCUUCUCGCUUGUGGCCUUGGGAAAUUAUCUAUUACAGGAGAUUGAAGAAAGGUCCUAUAUCUGUUGAAAACUAUGCUAGGCGGGUGGAGCAAAACCAUAAAUUUGGUAUUGUUGACAAGUACAUUAGAAGCAGUAGUGGAUGGGGAGAACUGAACCAAGGGAAUGAGUAA